UUGUCAUCUUUCUCUGCUCGUGUUAUCCGUCUCUUGGACCAUGAAGCGAAAGAAUCGUAACCCCAGUGCCUCUUCAACUCCUCCGGAUGGAAAAAAGAAAAAAGUAGCGGGUAACACCGAAGCUUCGACUGCUGCGACAAAGGCCAUAGACUUCAGUUCACCUCAGAGGGUUCUGGAGUCGCUUUUGUCCUCGACAAAUUUGGAUAACUUUUUCGACGAAUACUGGGAGAAGAAACCACUCUUUGUUAGUCGAGAAAAUGGAGAUUUUUACGGACAGAUGUUUACGAAGAAAGACUUGGAGGCCAUUUUGAAGAAGGAAGAAAUUCAGUUUAUUGAAGAUAUGUCGUUGACUCGCUACGCGGAAGGCAAGACUGAGUUGUUGAACGAAGAUGGACGGGUUAAUAUGAAGCACCUAAAAGCGGCUGGCGUUGCUGUACAGUUUCAUCAGCCUGACAGAUACAAGGUUUGUAAUUUUAUCGAAACACGUGCGAGAGUUUCGCGCAAGCUUUGUCAUGAAAUGUGUGGAUUGUUUUUCCUUCAAUCCAAAAAUGUCAAUGUCGAUGUACAGUACAGCCAUCAUCGUGAAGAAAUAACUAACGAAUGACUGACAAGUGGCAUUGCCCUUUCUUCAGGCAUAAAAUCCGUAUUUCUAUAUAAACAUGAGCAAACGUAAAGGGGAGCCAGGCGGUGGGCGGGGGGGGGAGGGAGCUCCCCUGUCUAAACGGUAGAGAUGCUGGCUGCCCCUCGCAUGUGGACGCAACUUAAAACCGAUUUUUGUAGAGUAUUCAAUACGGAGUACCAAUGCUAUAAAAACUGAGCCUGCUUGGUGAUGCCAUGGUCGUGGUCUAGACAUAUUGCUAUGAUGUGUACAAAACAGGUUAAAACCACACCCAAAUAAUACUGGUAUAAUGGAGGGAAAACAUCUAGAAGUUCAUCUGCAGUAGUUUUGGGCUUUAUUGCAGGGGUUCAGUUUUAUUUUAGCUAUAAAUCUUUGUAACAAAUAUAUGCUAGUAUAAGAGACAAAUGAAAUUAAUGGAGAAGAAUGUACUCUUUAUAGUGUUGAUGUGGUCAAAGGUAAGGCAAUAAAGAGUCAAUAAAAAUGUAGGAAUAAAAUUAUACCUGCCAACUCUCACGCCUUAGGCGUGAGUCUCACGCCUGCGGGUUGAAAACUUCGAUCUCACGCCCGCUCACGCCUGCGGACCAAUUUCUCACGCCUGAUUGAAAAAUGUGAGUUGUUGCCGUCUUGCUUGACACAAUUUCCAAAAAUAUGUUAACUCAGACCCAUGUAAGGAACGAAAACCAUGUGUAAAAUGAAUAAAUGACAAUACCUUCCUCGCGAUCUCUGAUUUUGUGGAUAAGCGUUUUCUCGAUAACUUCGCCUUCGGCAGACUUCGGAUGUCUUCGGAAGACUUCGGACUUCUUCGGGAAUUUCGGAAAUGAUCGUGUCGUUUUCAAAAAUCCCAGCACUCCCAGGAUAAAAAUCUCACGCCUACAUCUCAGAAAAAGUUGGCAGGUAUAUAAAAUGCUUUCCACAUGAUAUCAUCUUGCUUGAUGACAAAAACAUUAUCUGCAUAGAAGGCCGGUUUGAGAGAGGGAAAGGUGUGGUUAUUGAAGGAGGAUUAUUUUCAAUUAAACCAGGGGGUGGGAGGGUAUUAAUACGUGUGCAAUAUUCAAGGAAGUAGACUGUAUUAUAGUAUUUUAAAAGAUACACAUGUAAGUUUUCCCAUGGGCUUAAAAAUGGUUUUAUUAACUAGUAUGUGAAAAGUGGCAUAGCUACUAAAUUAAGUAUUACAUUUUGCCUCCCUAGGAUGAAGUCUGGAGGUUGGCGGAAUCACUGGAAACCUAUUUUACCAAUCUUGUUGGUGCUGAUGCAUUUAUCUUCCAGCCAGGUUCACAAGGGUUAGCUCCACAGUUUGAUGAAAUGGAGGUUUGUUUCAUGAAGCAUAUAGUCAUUUAAGUACUUGUUCCUAGAAUAUUAUUCCAAAGAGCAUUAAGGCCAAGGUGUGACAUAAUUUACUACUGCCUGCUAUAGCAGACACACUGAAGUCAAUGGUCACACAGUAUUAAUAAAUAGUGUUAGUUACUAUCUUUUAUUGCUAAGGUCAUUUUGAGGCUCAUAAUGCCAAAACAAUACCAUUGAUGGUAAAUAAUAAGAAAAUGUUGAAUUUUUGGGUGUUAGGAUGCUAUCUCGGAAAAGUGAAUUAAAAACCAAAAGGACACUAAACUGGCCAUCGUUGCAAUGAGCUCUCCUUUUCUCUGCCCCUCGCACCUUCGCUGCUCAGUCGCGCAUUCUCAUACACCUUGCUUCACUCACACAAACAGGGCUCGAAAUUGCAACUGAAAUGGUUGCCAAUGUGACUAACAUUUUCUCCUGGCGACUAAAACUCCUUGUUUAGUCACCACUUUGGCGACCAGAUUUCUCUAUGAUUUAGAUUUAAAUUAAAAUGGUUAAGCUAAAACAAACAAUUAUUUCAUCUUUUCUUGCUUUGCUUUCAUCAUAAAAAAUGUGCCAAAUCGCAGUUUACCUCCAAAUUUAUACUGACUCCUGCCUGUGAUAUUUUCAAACAAUCAAAUCUGAAGGAUCGUGCCAUACUAUGUGUUGUGUCAUUUACAUCAUACAAACUGGCAACUAAAAAUUUGCAUCUGCUGACUACACUUCUCCAGUUGGUUGCCAAAAGGCAUCCUGAGGAGUUUUUUAAUUUCAAGCCCUGCCAAAUAGGAGAGCUUGCUCACUGGCUAGAUGUUUUGGAGGUGUAUCGUUAUUUACUAUUUGAACUUUUUUUUUCAGACAUUUAUCCUUCAGCUGGAGGGGAAGACUAAAUGGAAACUCUUUAAACCUAUGCAAGAGCUUCCUCAAGAGGCCAGUCCUGACUUAGAACUAAGUGACAUAGGGGAACCUAUACAUGAAUUCGACAUGAAGGUAUACUGAAAACCAUUGCUGCCCUGCUAAUAACAGAGGCCCAUGUUAUAGUGUGUGCAGUGUUCCAGAUAAGAAAUGGAACUCAGUAGGCAGGGAAUCAAACAGCUAUGGAUUUCGUUUGGUUCUAUUUUUCUUCUAUUUUUCAAUAAAAGUACCCAGGGGCCACACUCAUAGUAGCCAGGGGAAAUCCCUGGCCCACGGCUCUUAAUGACAACCGUGCUGUCCACAGACUGAAAAGUUAGAGCGAGUCUCUGUCUUUCCAUCUGGGAUUGAAAGGGUUUAAGUAGCAAAGCACUGAGAAAGUUGUCAGUGAAAAUGCCUUCAAAGGAAGCCAAAACCCCUUUUGCAAACAAAAUUAUCAUAUUGAUUUUCAAAGUUUGAAAUGUACACAUAAUCAUCCCUGCUAUCUCCUUUAAAAUUAUGGUUGUGCUGCACACAGUUUUCAAGGAAAUUUAUUCUACCUUCUCGUCUGUCAUUGAUAACACAAAAAAAAAGAAUACUAGCAGUAGCUGUUGGCUAGGAAGUGUGGACAAACAAGUCGGUUUACCUUGGCGAUGUGAUUGAUGAAAACCGCGUUUCAUACAUAAUUGUGUAGGUGAAUCAGAGAAAGCCCUUUUAGUUCCAGUGUCAACAAAAGGGAUCACUGUGGAUCCUGAAAACUGGAUUGAACACAGUGAACAAGACUCGUAUAUAAUUCAGUGAUUUUAUUCACUGGUGCUUACUAGAUACAAUUAGCCUGCAAAUAGUGAGGAGUGAGGCGAGACGGCUGUAUUUGCCGGCAAAGAUACAUUUAAACAGUAAUCACUGUAAUGGGUGACACAAGUAAUGCAUUAUUUACACAGUCAUGACACAACUGCGCGAAGCGAAUAUUUAAUCUGUGUUCAAUGACCAAAGGCCAUUGAUAUCGUAUGGGUUAGGAAUGUAAGGGGCUCACUCCCUUUCCAUUGGUAGAGCCCAGGAGCCACCUUCCAGAAAAAUAAACCCUAAUAAGUGCAUAUAAUUGGUGGCUGAAGCUUGAGAAUCUUGGCACAAUGUUUUCACUUUGAGAAUUUUUAAAGAAAAACUUGGCUUGUUUUGUUUAUUAACCCUUGUCUUCAGGACUAAAUGAAUGACUACAGGUGACUUUGUCAUGUGUAUAUAAAUUAUAUUAACAAAUCUGAUAAUGUUAUUUCUAGUCAUGAAUAAUGUUAGGGCUAAGAUAAAAUAGAAUUAAAGAAUCAAACUGGCUUGAAACCUUUUUUAACCUGAAUUACAGGCCUUUUUUGUAUCAAGGAAGUUUGUUUAAAAUAAACUUACUUUAUUUAUAAAUUUAAAAAAAUGCUCCGAUCUUUCUGCAGCCUGGGGAUCUCCUUUACUUCCCAAGAGGAACUAUUUAUUUCCCAGCACCUAUCGAAGAUAAAGACCAUACAACGUACCUAUCUCUGACUACGUUCCAGGAAAAGUAAGCUUACAUGUAUAUGCAGAAAAACACAUCUGCUGGGCUGGCCUGUUUUGCCAAGGUCACUGAAUGUUUAUCCUAGUAUUAAAGGGAAAGAGCCUUCCCAGAAGUGCCAUUUCUACAGAGAGGCUGGAAGCAGUGGACAAGAAAUACUGUGUUACCCGCUGUCUCGUUCCAGGUUUGGUUUGUCCCUUGGCCAGCCUGGUGAGCUGGGAUCCUCGCUAAGCUGGCUUUUUGUAUCUCAGUUGUCAUGUCAAGAAAAUGAUUUCUGUAAUUGUGUUUCAUUAAUGUGCCAAGAGAUUGACAAAUCAAGCCAGCCCAGCUAGCUCAAAGUAAUCAUGUGCCCCUAUAACUUCUGAAGUUACACUUUUUGUUAAUUUCCCUUGUUAGCAUCCACAUGCAUCAUAGGGGUAUAUCCCUGUGCCUACAGCAUGGUGAGAACACUAAAGUCAGAAUUAACUCUUGCAAAGACAGAUUGUGUUAAAAGUGGUGUCUCAUGGGCAGUGUAGGAAAAUGACUUAAGAAUUGGCAUCUCUGUGUCCAUGUUAUGGAAUUGUUCAUUACAAGAUGCUCACCAGGGGGAGGGUGCUUAUUGUGGCAUAGAUCAGGCAUGCCAGAGAGGGCAGGAUGAGGGAGACUUGAUUAAAAAGAGCACACUACUGUAACAAAUUCUUUGCCCUGUGAAUUUCAGUUCUUGGGGGAACUUGCUGAAUAAUGCAUUGUCCAAAGCCGUUGAAAAAGCGAUGGAAAGUGAUGUUGAAUACAGAAGAGGACUUCCUUUUAACCUGUCCUCAUUUAUGGGCAGUGGAGUGGUAGGUAGACUGUUUGUACAAGUGUUAAAGAUAACAAAUUAUUUAAGUUUUCUACCAUUUUUAUUCAACCACUGUUGGGGUAGCAAAUCCCAAAAUAAAGAAAGUCUCUUCAAAUGUAUUUUCAAAUAAGCACCCACUCUCAGACUUCCACCUCGACUUAAUAUGCCAUUACUACGGUUGGUCGAUCAGAUAAAUUCAUGAUUUUUGCUAAGUGAACUUUUUGUACUGAGCAAGAUGUGCUGAUGAAGGUUUAAAGUUUCCACAACAGUCCGCUGAUGUUGAAUUCUUUGUUAAAAUGUUAAUUUUGGUACACUCACUUUUUUUAAAAGAACGUUCUGCCUGAAAUUUGUCAAUAUAUUAAGAACAUCUAAAACAUAAUUAAUACCCAAGGCUCUGAGAAGAACAAUUUAUUUUUCGCUGCUAUUACUUUUCUAAAUCCAAAAAAUCAGAGGGCACUUUUUCUUUCUUUUUUCCACACAUUCCUGUUGUGUAUGGUCAAUAAUACUUGUACUUGUACAUUUCAUUAAUUUAGAAACUAUAAUCAUUGUCUUAUUUGGUCUAUAUGUAGCUUAAAAGUUACGAGAUUUCUGUUAUGGAAGUUUAAGAACAUCUGUAAGAACAUUUCCAGGCUGAAACUGCCCAGUAAAUAAGAAAUGUCUAGGCCCAACUCAAAAAUGGGCGUUAUUAUAAAAAAUAGUGUAUCUUGUUUUGUUAUGGGGAAAUUACAGCUGUAACUCAACUUUUCCUAUGUUAUGUUACUGACUGAAAAAAGUUCCACAAAGAAAAUGACAAAUUACUCGUUAAGCCCCAUGAAUGUCCACAUACAAAUUCUCCUAACUGAUCUCCACACAUUUUCUUUGAAAAAAAGUAUAGUUGAGGGAAUUGUUAAGAGAACAGAAAGCAAUGUCGCUUUGGCCAGGCGAAAUAUUGCAACUAAACUCUAUUUCAUGUUGUUUGAUCAGUCCCUGCAAAAGUCUUCAUGACUGUAACGCUUUCAAUUUCAUUACAGUCAAAUCUCUUUAAUACAGACACCAAAGGGACAGAACUAAGUGUCCGCUUUACAGAGGUGUCCGUAUUACAGAGGUAGGGAAUGUAUGAUUUUUGGCAUUUCCGGGACCAAAUGAACUGUCCGUAAUAGAGACGUGUUCGUAUUAUAGAGGUGUCUGUAAGGAGAGGUUAGACUGUAGUUUCCUGAACCUCUUCUAUUGAUUAUGUAUUUGUAAGGAGAAAAUUAAUAUUGGUCAUUUUUGGGACAUAAAAGGGUUAAUUAACUGGGGGGCUUGCCGGGGGAAUUCUUGGUGGGGGUGUGCCACCCAGUUUUCCAAAUCCUGACCCUAUUUCAGACCAAAAAAUGUAAUUUCCCCCCCCCAUUUUCAGACCAGUACCCCCCCUCAGGGGGGCUUGUAGAUGGGGGGCCUAAAAGUGGCAUUUUUUUUUGUAUUUGAACAGAUAUGAUAAGUUCCCAAUGGUGAUGGCAAAAUAGUCGUUUGUGGUGUAGUCUUGAAUAAGUCAUGAUGAGUGGCUAUUAAAAUUAGACAUUUACUAACUUGCUUAAUUUAUCUCUAGCAUGACCAAACUGAAACAGAAGAUUCAUCAGAACAAAAUGGAAAUCAACAAAAAGAUGAAAAAGAAGCUGCGGGUGAAGAGGCCAAACCAGGAAAUCCAAAGAUAAAGUUUAACGUAAACUUGAUCAAGCUUUUGAAAGGACUGGUGCGCCACUUGAAUCCUGAUAAAGCUGUUGAUGAUAUGCUUCGUGAUUUCUUUGGAUGUCGUCUACCACCCUUUGGAGGAGUUGGAAAAGAUGUCAAAAAAGGUAGGUAAAUAUUUUCAAGAGUAAUUAAAUAAAACUUUUUCAAAUUUGUGACAAGAAUGUCCAUGGAAAAAAUAGUCACAUCUUGAGAAAGUCUGAAAGGCACCUGCUCUAGCAAAGAGAAGGAUGUACCUAGAGAUUUAGAAAUCAUUGACCAAAUGAUAUGGUAUCUGGGCAACUAAACAGAGCUUAUCCUUUCGUCUAAACUGAAACGUUCCCUGAAUCCUUCAAUACCUAUAAUUGGGAUUGUGCGAUUUAGGGGAAAGUUUCAGCCCUGAUCCUGUACUUGCAUGUAAAAAAGUUCAUGAAAUUAUGAAGGGUCCAGAUUUCCCAAUCUUUCUCUUGGCAGAUCACAUUCAGUCUGAAUAUAGCAAAAAGUGAUCUGGUUGCAGAAGCUGUGUAAUGUGGUUGCCAAUGGAAAAACAGUCCUGCACAACUGUAGUCUGAUAAACUGUUUAUGGUUCUCUUUCCAAAUUUUCUUUUGUUUGCUUGUGAGACAAAAGUAAAGAUUGACAUUACU